CUGCGUGAUUUCUUUAUUCCACAGCAUUCCCUUCCAGUUUAUGCCAAAAAGUCUGAGCUCACGAACGCUUCCAGUGAAUUUCCGACGGAAGAAUUAGACCAGUUCUGGUCCGUGAAGGACAUGUACACGUUUGAAAAUGUUGGAUUUACUCACAAUGUGGGCGCCGUCCGAUAUCUGACUUGUGCGGAUUGUGAGCUUGGGCCCAUCGGUUUCCAGGAUACUUCAAGUGACACUCCGCUUUUCUAUGUGGCUUUGGCAAGAACCAAACUCAAAACGUCCGACACUCCGAACAGGAAAGAAUAA